GUCGCUUCUAGCUAACCAUGUCAUCUCUUGUAGAGAAACAACUCCUCAAGUCCCUCUUCACAUUCUUCCUGUUAGUUCUACUCUUUUCCGAUACUGUUUUUUCGUCCAGAAAAACAUUUGAUCAGAGGAAACCUUGCAAACAUUUCUCCUUUUACUUUCAUGACAUCCUCUACGAUGGUGACAAUGUAGCAAACGCAACUUCAGCCGCUAUCGUGAGCCCUCCAGGAUUAGGAAACUUCAAGUUCGGUAAGUUUGUGAUCUUUGAUGGCCCCAUAACAAUGGACAAGAACUAUCUCUCAGAGCCCGUAGCUCGCGCACAAGGAUUUUAUUUCUAUGACAUGAAGAUGGACUUCAAUGCGUGGUUUUGCUACACCUUGGUGUUUAACUCGACGCAACACAAAGGAACAUUGAACAUAAUGGGUGCGGAUUUGAUGAUGGAGCCGACAAGAGAUCUAUCGGUGGUCGGUGGGACCGGUGAUUUCUUCAUGGCUCGUGGGAUCGCUACGUUCGUGACGGAUAUAUUUCAAGGGGCUAAGUAUUUCCGUGUUAAGAUGGAUGUUAAACUAUAUGAAUGUUAGAAACUAAUCUCAUUUGUUUGCUUAAGGCUUGUGUGUUGACACAUACAUAAAAUGUGUUAGUAAUAAGUAAGUGUUUCUUUUGUUUUUUUUUAUAGUUUCGUGUGUGUGUGUUUUAAUCAUUUCUAAUUCUCGUUGUUCCAAAUCCCAAUUGUCAGAAGCCGUAAUGAAAAAAAGUGUU